AUGUAUCUCGUAUUAAUUUCUAUAUUAUCUAUUCUCUAUAUUAUUUAUCUGAUUAUUAAAAAAGAAAAGAAUCUUCCACCUGGUCCAACAGACUAUUCAAUUCCAAUAUUUGGUCAUUUAUUUUCACUUGGUAAACAUCCUCAAGAAACUUUAUUAAAAUGGUGUCAAAAUCGUCAAAGUGAUAUAAUUCAUUGUUAUUUUGGACAAAAAUUAGUCAUUGUAUUAAAUAAUUAUGAUUUAAUAAAACAAGCAUUUCUUGAUGAUAAUUAUUCAGCCCGUGCUCAACCAUUUAUAUUUGAAGAACAUUUUCAUGGUAAAGGUUUAACUUAUGCUGAUGGUGAACGUUGGUUAAUUCAUAGAAAAUUUGCAAUGAAUACAUUAAAAAAAUUUGGAAUGGGAAAACAUUUUCUCCAAGAUACAAUUUUAGAUGAACUGAAAGAUAUUUUUUUAUCUAUUGAUAAACAAAAUGAAAAACCAUUGAAUAUAAAAGGUUUAUUAACUCAUGGUCUUUCAAAUAUUAUUUGUGGAUUUGCCUUUGGACAACGUUUUUCACAUAAUGAUCAAGAAUUUCAUCAUAUUGUUAGUUUAAUUGAAGAAUGUUUUACACUUGGUUCACAUGAUUCAUGGAUAACUAUAUUUCCAUUACUUAGAUUUAUACCUAUUCAAUCUUUAAAAGGAAAUUAUAAACAAUUUUCAAAAAAUUUUAAAGAAAUUUUUAAAUUUGCAAAAAAACUUGUUGAAAAUCAUGAUGAAAAUAUUGAUGAAACAAAAGAUUAUAUUGAUGAAUAUUUAAAACAAGCAAAUAUUGAUAAGAAAUCAAAUAAAUUAGAUUCAACAUUCGAUAUGGAUCAAUUAAUAACAUCGAUUACGAAUUUAUUUAUUGGUGGAACAGAAACAACAUCAACGACAUUACGUUGGGCUUUUGUUUAUAUGAUCGAAAAUCCUCAAAUAUUAAAUAAUGUUCAACAAGAAAUUGAUAACUAUAUGAAUAAUAAUAAGCAACAUAAUUUAUUUAUUCAUAUGGAAGAUAAAGAAUAUUUACCAUAUACAUUAGCAACUAUUUUUGAAAUUCAACGUUGUGGAAAUAUAGCAACAUUAGGUGGAAGUACAAUGCAUAGAAAUUUACAAGCUACAACAUUAAAUGGAUAUAAUAUACCGAAAGAUUCUUAUAUAGCUGCUAAUUUUUAUGCUUGUCAUGUUGAUGAACGAUAUUUUCCAAAUUCAGAUCAAUUUGAUCCAACUAGAUUUCUAACAGAUGAUCAUAAACCAGUUCAACGUCCUGCAGGAUUUAUUCCAUUUUCAAUUGGAAAAAAAUCUUGUCCUGGUGAAUCAUUAGCAAAUAUGGAACUUUUUCUUUUCUUUAGUAAUUUUAUUAGACAAUAUGAUUUUCAUGCGGUUAAUAAGAAUGAAGAAAUUAAUUCAAAAAUAUUUUAUCAUACAAGUUUAACACGUGCACCUUUUGAUUAUAAACUUUCAUUUAGAAAAAGAUUUUAA